AAUAUUAUAAAAAAGGAAUUUUUUCAAAUAUUAAAUCAUUUUUAAAAAGAUUAGAAAAAACUAGAAAUGAUGAAUUAACUAAAGAUGAUUUGGAAGAAAAAAAUUUAGAAGAAGAAAUAGAUAAUGAUUAUAGUUAUAAUAAUAAUAGUGAUAAUGAUAGUAAUAAUGAUGAAAAUAAUAUUAAUAAUAAUAACCAUAAUAAUAAUAUAGAUAAAAAUCUUUAA